AUGCAAAAGGGCUACACGCUAGAGGCAGACAAUAGGCAGAUCAAUAAGGCUGUGGUUCUUAGACUGAACCAACUUUCUGGGCCUCUGAACAAGUACAACUGCUUGUUCGAUAGUCUCUGUGAGCACCAAUGGGCAUUGCCUCUUAUUGGAGACUGCCCCAGCUGGAUUAGGACUAACUCAGAUGUCGAUGCGAGACCACCAGCUAAACCAUCAGCUGAGCCAUCAGAGGGUCAUCUCAAGAAUGCUAUCACUUUAUGUACAAGCUCGGACAGGAGCUUACAGUCAGAUAGCGAUAGUAACUUGUCUGAAGAUUGCAGUUGGGAUAGUACUUCAAGUGCUGGCAACUCUGAUACAGAGUCACAGUCAGGCAUUAGCACCUCCACAAGUUUGGUCAACAUGAUUGUCAACUGCAGGGUGUCUAUCUUGAGCUCUAGCAGAAGCCUUUCUUUGGACACAGCAGGGUCAGAACAGCAGAAGGGUGAAGAUUGGCUCGUUGAGACAGUUUUCUCAUUGGACACUGAGGAUGAUAUUGAUUUAUACAUGUACUAA